ACACAUUAUGAGUUUCCUGCUUCAUCGAGGGCUUCUGGUUGGAGAAGACUCGGAAUGCUUUUGUAGGUACAAACUUGUCCACACUUUGCUUUAUGAAGUCAGUGACAAGUGUAGCAUAUUCAGGUCCACUGAUGAAUCCUUGAACAUGACCCAAUCCACUGACUUGAAGCAGUCCUAAAAGCGUUCCUCUGUCUCCUUUGUCCAGCUCUUUAAGGUCCUCUUGCUCUUCAUUCCCUGUCUUUAGGCGGGAAGAAGAAGCACAGCCGGGUGGUGCGAUGUUCCAAAUGCAGUUGAUCAGCAUUUUGAUGGGAAAGAAAAGAAUUUCACUCAUCACCCUCUAAACAAUCAUUGAUACUGUCUGUUGCUUCCUUCAGCCUCACCGUGAUGAGAGAUGCCUCAGCCCUCUUCCCUCCGCACCCCUUACCCUGCCCCCCUCGGCUCCGCUCCCCUGACCCCCAAGCCCAGCCGUCGGCCGCUGCUGAUCUCGGUGGGUACGGAGCGGGUGGGGCCACGGUCGGUGGGGACCAGCCACACCUCGCCGGGCGGGCGGCUGUCUGUCAUGACCCCGGCCAAGCCUCGGCCUCUGCCACCGGGACCGGGGCCCCUGGACGAGCGGGGCAGGAAGCUGGAGGCCAAAGCCCGGGGGCAGCCCCACACGGCCCAGCCCUCCACCAGACGUGGCCCCCUGCGUGCUGACCACUCGCUGGGGCUGAGGCUCUCUCAGCCUUCCACUGCCCCUGCCCCACCUUCCUCCUCCUCCUCCUCCUCAUCCUCCUCCUCCAGCCCGCCCUCACCCGCCACCUCGCCUCCAGCCCAGCAGAAGCCAGGCCGUGUCCGGGGGUCCCGGGGAGCCCCCCUGAGCCGCUGCUCUCAGCUGCGGGACCCACGGGAGGUGCAGGAGUGCCUGCAGAAGCUGCCCAGCACGGAGCCGCGGCGCUCGCCCUCGCUGGGACGGCUGGAGGGCCGGGACCGGCCCCCCAUUCUCCGCCGCAGCUCCUCGCUGCGGGGACUGCCCCAGGAGCCCGAUGCCAGGCCACCCGGCGCGGGAGGGGCGAGUGGGACGUUUCGCUCCGGCCAGCUGGACACCCUGCCCGGGACCUCCCACACCACGAACGGCUCCCGACCAACAGCCCGCAGCGGGCACCGCCUCGCCCCCGAGCAGCAACGGACGUCCAAGAGGGACUCCAUCUUGCCCAUUGGCAACGGUCAAAUUGGGCUCAGGAAUCUCGGAAAUACGUGUUUCAUGAACGCUAUUCUCCAGUGUCUGAGCAACACCAGGGAUCUGCAGGAGUACUGCAUCCGGAAAGAAUACCUGCUGGAUGCCAAUGGAUCGGGAAAGAAACACUGCGAGCUGAUGGAUGCCUUUGCUGACCUGGUGGUUGCUCUGUGGGAUCCCGCCAGCUCUGGUUCUGUCUCCCCACUCCGCUUUCUUCAGACGUUCCAGAGGUUUGUUCCACACUUCAUGGGCUACAGUCAGCAGGAUGCUCAGGAGUUCCUCCGCUUCCUCAUGGACUGGCUCCACAUGGAGAUCAACCGUAAAUCCCGCAAAUCUCCCAGCAUCAUGUCGGUGUCGGGGAUCCGGGGCUCCACCAGAGGCGUGGAGCGAAUGCGUGACGACGAAAAAUCAAUCCAGAUGUGGAAACGAUACUUGGAGCGGGAUGACAGCAAAAUCGUAGAUCUCUUUGUGGGUCAGCUGAACAGCACGCUCGGGUGUACCUCGUGUGGCCACAAGUCCAGCACCUUCGACGUGUUCUGUGACCUCUCACUGCCUAUCCCAAAGGCAUCAGUGUCCAGCCGGGUGUCGCUGGCCGAGUGCCUCAACCUCUUCACUGCAGAGGAGGAGCUGGACACCGAGAAUGCUCCGAUGUGCGAGAGGUGUAACCAGAGGAAGAGAAGCACAAAGAAGUUAACUAUCCAGAGAUUCCCCAAGAUUCUCGUUCUACACCUGAAUCGUUUUGCUUUCAGUCGCUAUGCGAUUAGGAAAUGCACCACCUUUGUGGACUUCCCGUUGUACGGGCUGAGUUUACGACACUACUCUGCAGAGAGAGCUGGUAACGGCGUGUACGACCUCUAUGCGGUCUGUAACCACACCGGCACUGUAAACGGAGGGCAUUACACGGCCUACUGCAAGUCCAUGGGCAAGUGGCACGUCUACAACGACUCCAGGGUGUCGCUAAUACAGGACAACCAAGUUGUAUCGAGUGAGGCCUACCUGCUGUUCUACGAGCUGGAGCAGGGUGUGGGGUCGCGGUGAGGUGGGGGGUGGAGGGGGGGGGGGGGGGUGGGGAGGUGAGGCCGAACCCGUGUGCAGUCGCCGAACCUCGGAGCUUUAGCAGAGGCAGAGAGAGAGAGAGCAGCAGAUUACAGUAAAGGCUUUGGACAGGAGCGUGUGUCUGCCUCGUCUGACUGGGGGAGGGGCUGUGGGUCACCGGGGGAGGGAGGGGAGGGAUGGCGGGUCCCUGUCACUGCAGCCACCUCGAACUCUGCCCCUCCACCCCAAACCAGCCAUCGCCCGUCCCCACACUGUGUCCCCCUCACUCCUCACCCCCCACCUUUGGCCCCAGUCACCCAUCCUGGCCCUCGUGAUCCCCCUCCCCCUAGUUCUUGACCCCCCUCCCUGGUCACGACCCCCGUUACUGACCCCCUAAUCGUGGUCACUGACCCCUGACCUCAGUAAUAAAUCUACUCCACCUGGACCAGCCCUGGUCACCCACCCCUUACCAGGGUCACGGACACACCACCCCCUCGUCCCCGGCCCCUCGCCACUGGUCACCCACCCUGACCUAAUGCGCUGACCCCUUCCCCUGUCAGCUCACUACCCCACCUUUGCCAUGCACUAACCUCGUCUCUUUCUCCUAUACACGGGUCUAUUAACGGUUUCUCUUCCCAUCUCCAUCGCCUCCCCCUUCUCUCCUUUCUCCCUCUCCUUACCUCCCACUCAUUUCCCCCUCCUCCCUGCCACUCCUCCACACUCCUCUGCCCCCUCCUCCCUCUUAGUCUCUUUUCCCUCCCACCCCAACUCUCCCCUACCCCUCACUGCCCCCCACUCCUCUCGCUCUCACUUUCCCUUUCUCAUUUCUCUCUUCCCCUGCUCUCUCACUUUCUGCCUUUCUCUCUCCCAUCCCCAUGCUCUCUCUAUCUCCCACUCUGCCACUCUCCCGUUGCCCACAUUGUUUUCUGUAAAUAUAACUGGGCAACUGUAAAUAUUGUAAUAGACUCAAACUGUACAGAAAAAUGCCACACACAAAAUAAACUAUUUUACAUUUUUGCCUG